GCGCCGGCGGCGGCGGUGGCGGCCGCGACGACGAACCUGCCACAGUAGAUAAACGUGCUCCGCGCGCGUCGCUCGCCGCGCACGCCUCCCGGCCACCGCUCGCGCUCCCGGCGAGACACCACGCUGCCGCUGACCGCGCGCCGGCCCCUACGCGUGUGUCACCAGCGGAGCGCCGGCUCCGGGAGUGUUCGUAUGCGCUGCCUGAACGCAGGGUGUGUCGGCAGUGGUUAGCGAAAGCGAGAGGCAGUACCGGCCGUUCUCUCGCGGGAACUUGGCAAACCGUGGCGCACGUGAAACGGCAUCUCCGAGUGACGGCCGCCAAACGCAGCCAGCUGUCCCCUCUACCAAUCGCACAUGGCUGAUCAAGGCUUCUGCGGUUCUUCGUCCGGCGACAUCGUCAAGCAGGGUUACCUGUUCGUCAAGAGGCCGCCGAGGAGACGCUUCGACAUGCUCAGGGCGUGGCACAAGCGAUUCCUGGUGCUCAAAGACGAGACGAGCGAGCGGGGCCCACUGCUGGAGAUGUACACGAGCCAGGAGGAGGCCCUGCUGCAGUGCACGGCGCCAGCGUGCAGCAGCGGUGGCAGCACGGCGCGCGCGUCACCUGCGGCAGCGCCCGCCUGCUGCCGACUCUGCUUCGACCUGGCGCAGACCGUGCACGUGGGCUUCACCUCGGACUCGAAGCGAUUCCCCAACGCGCUGGUGCUCGUGUGUCAAGGCCGGUCACCGCUGGUGCUGGCCGCACAGGACGAGCUCGGCUCGCGCUCAUGGCUGCUCGCUCUGGGACUCAUCGCCCACAAGGCCUCUUCGCAGCAUGGGUGGAGGUUUAUGUGCCGAAAGGCGUCCGAGCAAGCGGCGGCCAUGGCCAAUUGUGCGGCGUUCAGCAGCAGCGUGGAGAACAGCGCGUCCGGCGCCGGGAGCACCGACCUGGGCUUCUCGUGCCGCACUCGCACGGCCCGGGCCAGCGGCGGCAGCAGCGGCGCCUGCGAGGGCGACUCGGCCGAAUCCCUCGACGGUGUGCUCAUCCCGCCGCCGCUGGAGUACGGCGAUGGCUGCCUAGACAUGCUCUUCUCGCGGGAGCGGUUCCCGGUGACGGUGCAGCCGAGCGAGGCCUCUGAGAGACUGGGGCUGCGCGGCGAGUACCAGCUGGUGAUUCUGGGCCACAGCGUCGGAUUGCUGCGGCCGGGCGCUGCGGAGCCCUUCCUCGUGUGGCCCGUCACCUGCAUCCGCCAGUACAGGCACGAGCUGUUGCUCCAGCCAGGGCAGGGGCCGCAGCAUGCCGCAUCAUGCGCCAAGGCCGCCGCUGCCCGAGGGGCGGCUACCUUGGUCACCAUCGAAGUCGGCCGGCGGUGCUGCACGGGUGAAGGCGCGUUCCAGUUUCGCACCCAGCGUGGUCAGGAGGUGAUACGGGAACUGAAGCGGGCUGUGUCGCUGUGGGCCGCACGCAAGGCUGCUCUCGCCUCCUGGUGCCAGUCACGCGCCGUCGCCCAGCGCUCUUCGUGCGUCAGACUCGGCCGCUCGGCGCCGGCCACUCCGUCCCUGUCGAUGCCCCCCGCGUGGCGACGCCAGCCUGAAAGCCCUGAGGCGGCGCGAAGCUGUGGCGGCGGCGGCGACACCAACUACGUCCUACCAGCCUUCGAGCGCUCCAGCAGCUCACUCAGCAACGGCAGCGUGCUCUCGUCGCCGCAGCUGGGCCGGCCGUGCCAGUCAGACCCCGAGCGCCUGGGCACCCGCGCUGACUCGUCGUGCGAGGACGCAAACUACGUGCGUGUCACGGCCGCUGUCCACAGCAAGGGCCGCGUGUCCUUUCGGAAGCCAGGCAGUCCGCCCCUGCCACCGCCGCUCGUGCAGCUUGUCACCACGACCGGCACGCUGCCGCACGACAAGAAGCUCCAAGAGAUACGCCGAGCUGAAGGUAUGCAACAGUGUACGCCAACCCGCUCGUCGUGCUCCCACCAGGGUUGCACCUCGUCUACUGCCGACUUAACGCGAAGAGAGGGACAGACAAAUACUGGCUACAUCGAGGUCCUGCCGACGUAAGUCAUCAUCUACCUGUCCAAGACGGGAAAGAAUGCGUACACUGGUUUACGGCGUAUGACCGGAGAGGAGGCUGGACAGCCAAGUUUGCCUGGACCCGCGACGGCAGCAUCCCGGGUUCACACCUGACCCAAAGUGUCGCGGCUUGGCUCGAGCGAUGUAAUGAUCAAAAGGGGGCCGGCCAUGCCUGAAGGAAAGCGGAGCUGAAAACUCCCCACCAAGGACGCUCUUAUGAACUUUUCAUAGAUCGCGAGGCACGGCCUUCUCUUGAACGGGUUCUAUGUAUCUUAGUCUUAGUUGGCCCUGCAUACUCUUACGUAGGUCGCCCUCCUAUUUUUUGUUUGUUUUUUCGCCUCGCCUGCCUUUCGGUGCCGUUGCAUUAAAGAAAAGAAAGCAUUGCUGGAA